AAGAUUCAUUUACGACACAAAAAAUGAAUACGAUAUCGGUGCUGGUGAAGCAGCCAAGACAAACGGUGAUGAUAAACUUUUGAGUGACCUCGGAAAAGUUAUUAGAGAAUCAAAAGAUGUAUUAGAUGGUCUUCUAAAUAUCACAAUGGAAGAUAAUACUGCGAAGUCGUUGUCUGCGUGGUUUGUGCAAAUUUGUGGUCUCCAAGGUGAAAUAGCAUCUGUUCACUUAGCUUUUAAUGAUUUGUAUGUGGCUAUACCACAGGGGAAGCUGAAGCUCCCUACAAGUAUUGCAACAAUGGGCAAUUUUCUGGACACUUUCAGCUCUAUGCUAUUAUUUGUGUCAAAAUUAGAAAAAUAUGCUAUUGACAUAAGGAGCUCCAUGGGUUUUACGUUCAAUAGAGCAUGGCCAUUAAUUGACGGCCAUGAAAGAUCAGAAUGGAUGAGACCGACCUGGUACUCCCCACCCCGUCAGCAACAAGCCAAAUCGCAACUGCCUUUCAAUUUGUUUGGAAGAGUAGCAUAUUACAGUGAAUCUGAAGAAGACACUAGAUCAGGAGCGGAGAGCGAUAGAUUUGAAGACGAAGAUGCAGACGAAUUUGGUUGA